AUGGCGGCUGUUCCACAUUUUCAAACGGGUGAAAUUAUCACUUUCUAUAUGCUUGGAUUCACUGUACUUAUGACUGCGACUGUCGUCGUCUACUACAAGUUCCUCUCUCCGAAUAUGUCCGGACGCUCGGUUGGUAACCUGAUAUGUAAAGGAAGGGCACAAAAAAUUGCGAAAUGCGAAGAACUUGUGAAUCGGAUUGUACGCAGAAGAAAAUCGUAAUUUUUGAAUGUAGGUGGUAAUUUUAUGAACUAUGAACUUUUUUUUGGAAUUUUUCUACUUAUUGUACAUAAAUGCUC